AUGCUGCUGUCCACGACGUUGGUCUGCUUUAGGCCCGUUGCGGCACGUGGCGCCCGAUUUUAUUCGCUGCGCCGUCGACUGCAGCAUCUUCGCCAGACAAACCGCGCAGCUGUGGAGCAGUUGCAGGAGCGCCGGCGUCUCCAGCAUCUCCUGCGAGAGGAGCAGCGCAGCGCCAGCGCUACGAACAGCAGCGGCGAUGCGUCGGCACCGGGAGUGGCAGCUGCGCAGCUGCGUGCCCUUGAGCUGCUGCCCCGCAACGACGCCCUCGAGGCUGCGAUUGCGCUGUGCAUCAGCGAGAAUCGAGAUGCCCGGACAGAUCUGGAAUUGGUGCAGCGUCUGGUGAACAGCACCUUGCUUUCCUUUGCGUCCCCUGUGUGCAGGCGAUGGGACCCGUACGACGUGAAGCCGCAGGUUUUCGCUCUGGACAACUACAUAGCGCUACCCGUUUUCACGUCACUCGAAUAUCUGCGGCUGUUCUGCCAGCGCUUCGGGUUUGCGGUGCGCGACCCGAGUGGGGUACUGUGGGCAUCCGGCUCAAGCACCACAGCCUCUGCUGGUGGUGAAGUGCCUAUCAUGGGUUUGCUGCCUGAAACGCUGCUCCAGAGUGAGUGGUGGCAGCAGCGGCACGCGCGACAGCAGGCACAGCCCCCUACCGAGGUGAAGAUGCAGGAAAAGGUCGAUGCCGACGGCUCGGCAUCGCAGGGGGGCCGGCCAGCUGGAGAAGGGGAAGCCAAAGCUGCGCCGGAAGACGGCACAGAAGCACACAUGUCUGGCCGCGCAUGUAUGGCACUGAAGGCGACAGAACUCACCGCCCCUGACUUUUCUCCUGGCAGCGACGCAGCACAGAUAGCGCUUCCCACACCGCUUGACGACACACCCAUUAACGCAGAUGCACUGUUCAACACGAUGUUGAUGGACGGCCUUGAGGAGGAGCGCGGCACAUCGAGUGUGUCUAGUGAGAGGUGUCGCGUUUCCCCAGCGAAGAAGGCGGUGCGCACUCGUGCGCGUAAGCGCUCAUGUGGUGUCGCAAGUAAGGUGAGGGGCAUUGGACGCAGGGCAGCGUCCUCCAGGCAUCAUUGCGUCCUUCGAGAACGACAUGCGGGGAGGCGUCAGGGGACAGCUGGAGCAGCGAGGGCAAGCGUGUCGCGUGAGGAGAAUGUAGCGGGCGCGGCGUCGGCGAAGACGGCGGCGGAGGAGGCGAAGGCGGCCUACUGGGAAUCUGUCGCCAAUACCUCACCUUUCCAACUAAAGCAAGCCACUCCUCUCCCCAUGUUCGGACCUUUCCUGCAACCGUUCCUGAUUGGCUACUUUGCCGAUGUCUCCACACUGCUGCACAACGCCUCCAUCGUACCGGAGAAAGUGGACAUUGUGCUGAAUCCAGCCUCUCCCUUGGAGUUUGUGCUGUCUCGGGCGGCGACGGACCGCGUGCUGCGCAAAGAGCAGCUUCUCCAUCAGGCCUACCUGAAGGUCGAGAAGGAGCUGCAGCGCGAGUUCAGCGCCUUCUUUGCCGCCUGCUGCCCGGAAGUCAUCUCCGCCUCCAGCGCGUGUGUGCCAUUACCGAUGAACGCGGACGAAGUGGACGCGGCAUGGCAGGCCUCUCAGCGCCCCGUCCACAACGGUCGCCGAAGUCGAAAAUCGACUGCCUCGUCGCCGAACGAGCUGCAGGCCUACCGGGAACGGACGCGGCUGCUUCGCGAGGCGGAGUACCGCAACGGUGUCACCUACGAGCUUGUUCUUCUCAUUCAGAGCACGUCGCUCGAGAACACCUUCACCAAGAUUCAGCAGGCAAAGCAUCGGUCGGUCCUGAUGGGCCACGCGCAUCUGGAUGUGUUGCCCGAGAUCGCCGCCGCUCCACAUGUGCGCGAGAUGGCACAGCACUUUUACGACGGCGCCAGCGAGCGGGAGAAGCGGUUGAUGCAGCAGGCGAUCACCGCUCAGUGGGAGCGGAGCGUGGGCGACAAGAGUCUUGGCGAUGGCGCUGCCGAGAGUGACCGCGUGGCAGCCGCACAGGUUUCCGGGCACAUGGGCGUGUUUGUGCGGCGAGGGGCACCUUGCACCAUUAAUGUGGCUCAGCCGGCUGACUCAUACUUCCACGUCCCCACCAACGCCUACACAGAGGCGCACGCGGUCUUCACGGAGGACCUCAAGGUAAAUCGCGGACAGUGA